AUGGGCCAGUCGGGAACUGCAACUUGUAUUUUGUCCUGCUGCUUGCCAAUCAGCUGGUGCUGCAUUUCCUGCAGCCAGCGUGGCGAGAUUCGACAGCUUCGGGGAAUCGACGGCUCAGCUAUCAAUGACUGCUUGCUUUCCUUCUUCUGUCUCUGGUGCGUGAUGAUCCAGAACGAGGUCGAAGUUACUUCACCAGUCACUAUAUACAAGAACAAGCACACACGAUUUCCAAAGCCAAAAAGAACUGAGAAAGAGAUACAAGCAGAAGAAAUCAACGAAGACUGCUCCUUCCAAAUCAGAAACCAAAAAAAAAACAUGAAGAUUCUCCUCUUCGCGAUUUUUUCAGCUGCAUCGGCGGGCGACUCUUUUCAAGAAUGCGACUUCCCGCUGGGCGUUGAAGACGGGCGAAUUCCAGACCGAAAUUUCAAAGCCUCAAAAAGCCACGCCGACUCUGCAGCAGCCCAUUAUGCCAGACUGAACAACGAGGACGGCGCCGGAGCUUGGUGCCAUCCGACCAUUUCUCCUGAAGACCUGAACGAAUAUCUACAGAUCGAGCUCCUCUCCAUCGCCAGAAUCACCAGAAUCGCCCUCCAAGGCCGACCAAGCGGGUCUGAGCGAGCUGAAACCGUCUUCCUCAACGUCUCUCUCGAUGGAGAACACUGGUCCCAGCACCCAGACGUCUUUACAGUCGCUUCCGACGAUGACAUCAUCGAACUUUCCCCCUCGAUUUCCGGCAAAUUCCUGCGGAUCAUCCCACGAACCGACAAAGGCAAGCCAGUCUGCAUCAGAACGGAAGUGAUCGGCUGCUAUCGCGACGACUUCUUCGAGAGCUAUUCCCUCUCCAGUCUUCCCAGAGACAACCUGGAGCCAGAAACUGGCCUCGUCGAAUCCUCCCUCAGCGGUGUUGGCCGAUUGGUCGACGGAAUCGAAGAUGAAUAUUUGACCUUUCCAGCGAGCGAGAAUGGCGCUUUGACAGUGACAAUGAAAUGGACCAAGCCGCUCAAUAUUUCAGAACUCGUCUUUCACGUCUCCGCUCGAGCGCGAGGCUGCUUGAAUCAAAUUGAAGUGACGAAUUCGGCCGACGAAACUUGGCGAUACAACAUUGACUGCGCUAGAAAAGUCGAGCAUCGAAUCAUUCCUCUUUUGCUCGAAAAAGUCGUCACCGAAAUUCGAAUAAAAAUCUCCUACACCGGCGUUCUCCACCUCUCCGAAAUUUCCUGGACAAAAGACGAGUCCGAAAUCGCCCCGAUCCGAAUGGACUCUGUUCUCAUCGAGCUCGACUCUUCCCUGACCACGAACCAGUGGAUCACCGUCGGCGGUGUUGUCCUCGGAGGCUUGCUCUUCCUCGUCAUUUUGUGCGUUUUCCUCGUUGUCUCCCGAUCGAACCGAUCCGACAAGAACUUCGAAGGUCAAUCCUACGAUGGCACCACUAUCUACCGCGACGGCACCUUCGUCAAUCUCGUUCCCUCGCCCAACUACAGCACUGGCCCCUCCAUCGUCACUAACCAAUCCCGCUUCACCCAGCACUCCCACGUCGACUACGUCCUCCCCGCCCAAUCCUACCCCCAGUACAGCUACCAACCCAAGCUGGUUGCUAAUCCGAGCCAGAAAAUCAACGAGUUCGGCCACGAAUACUCCGAAAUCGGAUCGAUCACGGCUGAUUCCGGACGAGGAGAGAGUCUCACCGAAAACGAUCAUUAUGCUCAACUUGUUCAUUGA